AUGGCUGAUGAUGAUUGGAUGGUAGAUGUAGCAUGUGGAAUGCAUAAUCAUGCUCCUGCUAAACAUUUUGAAGGACAUUCAUUUGCAGGGAGAUUAUCUGAGGAGGAAAAAUCAUUGUUAGUGGAUAUGUCCAAAAGCAUGGUCAGACCGAAAAAGAUUUUGGUUACAUUGAAACAAAAGGAUGCUUUGAAUGUAACCACUAUGAAAACCAUUUACAAUGUACGUCAUAGGAAUAAUGUUAUUGAGAAAGCUGGGAGAUCACAAAUGCAACAUUUGUUGGGUGAGUUAGAAAAACAUAAUUACAUUGAGCGGCAUAGGUGUGACAACAACACGAUGACUGUCAUAGACUUGUUUUGGGCACAUCCUGUCAGUUUAGAUUUGCUCCGUUCAUUUCCAAAGGUGUUGAUCAUGGACUGCACAUAUAAGACAAAUCGAUAUCAUCUUCCUCUUCUUGAGAUAGUUGAAGUGACAUCCACUGAUAUGUCAUUCUCCGUAGCCUUUGCAUAUCUCCAAUUUGAGCGGAUUGAUAACUACGUUUGGGUAUUAACUACAUUGCGUAGUCUCUUGGAUGACACUACUAUUCCUGAGGUGAUUGUCACGGACAGGGAGCUUGCUUUGAUGAAUGCUAUAGACAGGGUAUUUUCUACAUCUCGACAUUUAUUAUGCCGGUGGCAUAUUAGUAGAAAUGUACUGGCGAAAUGCAAGAAAAUGUUUAAGAGUAAGGAGAAAUGGGACAAGUUUAUCUCUUUAUGGAAUUUCUUAGUACUCUCCUCAACUGAGCUUGAAUACAAUGAACAUCUUGCUAGGCUACUUGCAGAUUUUGAUACAUAUCCUGAGGCAGUGCAACAUGUGUCACAAAGUUGGUUAAUUUCAUAUAAGGAUAAGUUUGUUGCCGUAUGGACAGAUAGUUGUAUGCACUUCGAGAAUGUUACAACCAAUAGGGCUGAAAGUGCACAUGCAAAACUGAAACGGCAACUUGGUUCUAACCAAGUAAAUUUUGAGUGUUCUUGGACCAAGAUCCAUAAUCAUGUCUUAGCGGAGAGUAAGCGAGCGAAUGAUGUUGGCAUUGAUGCUUCAGUAUGUGGAUGUGUUGUUCGACGAACACACGGGUUACCAUGUGCCCAUGAGAUUGUGGAUUACAUCCGGCAGGGUCGUCUAAUAUCACUUGAUAGCAUUAACCCACACUGGAGGACUCUUGAGUUGGAAAUUCUACAUAAGUUAGGAGAGUUUGCAGAUCCGCAAAGUAGUUUUCUCAUUGAGCUAGAUGUGAAGCCCAACCCUCGAGGUAAGGGACAUAAGAAGAUAGAUGUAUCUACGCGUCGAGACCCAUGUGCAUUUGAGCUAGUUCAGUCUAGACAUGAUAGCCACUCACCUAUGGGCACCCAGAUCUCCACACAAGAUUCUGUCAAAGUAUAUCGGACGCGUACAAGUACGACUUAUUCAUAUGUUGAUGGCCUUCUAGUUGGAUUGAAGCCUUACAUACGUCUUAUCAAGGAUGUAGAUACCGAUGGCAAUUGCGGGUUUAGGGCCAUUGCUGGCUUGAUGGGGCUUACAGAGGCUGAAUGGGGUCAAGUCAGGCGUGAUCUCCUACAGGAAUUGCACACACACGUAGACCAUUACACUCAUCUAUAUGGUUCAUAUGACAGGAUUGAAGAGCUGACCCAUAUUCUAUCAUACUUUGAGCCCAAUCCAGGGUAUCACCGUUGGAUGACUAUGCCUGACAUGGGUCAUCUUAUUGUAUCUUGUUAUAAUGUGGUGUUCAUGUUACUGGGUCAUCCAGUUCCACCGAUAGCCACCAAUUGGUGCAAGUUUUAUCAUUCUUGUGCGACUGGAUGGGAUACUGCAUAUAGUCACCGAAUUGAGCAUUUUAAAGAAGUUGUUCAUUCAGGGGUAGCUACUAGAGAGACCUUUGAUUGUAUUAACCUUGAUGAGUAA